CGCGGGCGUGGGCAUCAUGGCGCCGCCGGCCUGGCUGGAGAGCCUGCGGGCCUCCGAGAAGACGGCCCUCCUGCAGGACGGAAGAAGGAAAGUGCAUUACUUGUUUCCUGAUGGGAAAGAAAUGGCAGAAGACUAUGACGUGAAUACCAGUGUGCUGCUUGCAAGAAAGUGGCGCCUGAAGAACGCACUGGGAGCCGUCGGCCAGUGGCAGGUGGAGGUGGGAGAGCCUCUGGCCCCUGCUGGUGGACUACCGGGUUCUGAGCUCAUCAAGGAAAGCAGCUCUAAUCCCAUCUUCCUGCGGAAGGACACCAAGACGAGUUUCCAGUGGCGGAUCCGUAACCUUCCCUACCCCAGAGAGGUCUACAGUGUCGGUGUGGACCCGAAGGAGCGCUGCUGCAUCAUCCGGACCUCUAACAAAAAGUACUAUAAGAAGUUCUCCAUUCCAGACAUGGACAGAUAUCAGCUUCCCCUGGAUGGUGCUGCUCUCAGCUUUACCUAUGCCAACUGCACCCUGAUUAUUACCUAUCAGAAGCCGAAAGAGAUCCUGGCCGCAGAAGAGGAGCUGCAGAAGGAACUGAAGAAGGUGAAGACUGCUGGCCAUGGGGAUGGGGACUGCAAGACCCAGUAGUUCACACACCUGAGCCCAGGCCCCACCUCUGAAGAGACUGGAUGGCUGAUGGGAGAGCUGGCCAAGGUGUGGUUGGUUGGGUGGGUGGAAGUCUCAGUAAUAGUAGUGGCCCUUAUUACAGGGACUGGCCUAAGGUGGACUUGCCGGGGCAGAAAAUGGGCUUCCAGGGCAAGAAGUCUUCUGCCCACAGGUUGUUCCCACCUGAAGCGCUGGCCAGGCCUGUUCUUGCCUCACAGGCCUGCAAAGGCAGAGAAGUUUCCUCAAUCUGGGCAAGUGUCCCCUGCCUGGCUCUUGCCAGCCUACCUUUUAUGUAUUUGCUCCAUGAGUAAAGUUGGUUUGAGUUCAACUCUUA